UACCACCACAACUACACCACCAACUACCCCUUUACCACCACAACCCACUACCCCUUUACCACCACAACUACCCCAUUGACCACCACAACUACACCACCAACUACCCCCUUUACCACCACAACUACAGCGGCAAAUACCACUGCCAACACGGAGAUAACGACAGCAGGACCCGUCAUUACAGCUGGACAAGUCGUCCUGCGGCUGAAGGCGAGGAUCACGUCUGUGAUCGAGUUAACAGAGGACGACAUCAGGAACAUCGUCCUUCCACAGUUUAAAAAUCAACUGCUGUCAUUUGGAGUCCCGAGCAGCGUCAAUGUGACUCUAGUCUCUGUGCUCUAACUGGAUAUAUGUAAAGAAAACAGCCACUGACGCCCCCUGCUGGUUCACAGUCACCACCACUGAUCAGCUCCUGUGGAAAACAUCAUUUGUUGCAAGGACUCAAACUGUAGAUAAAUGUCCUAAAUCUUCAUGAUCAGACAAAGUUACAGCGUCAACGUUUACUAACGACUAUUUCCAGUGAAAUCUGUCAGAAUGAAACUUCACCUCAGUCGACUUCAGCUUCCUCCCUGCACGUACUACUAAUGCUAAUGCUCAAGCUAAUAAUAAACAGAUAGGUAUAAUAAACAGUUAAAAUGUCUGAGCUACAUGUUUGUUAGUUUUGCUGUAAAUAAAAGCAUUUUUUUGUAGAGAA